AUGGAGCAUAAAAUUACGGAAAAUGAAAGUGGAAAUUCCGAUAAUUACGACCAUCCAAUUUCCUCUGUAAUGUACGUUACAACGAAUAUCCCAGGGAUUGGAGUUAAUGCAGAUGAUUUUGAAUCUGAAUUCACUAUUGGAUGCUCAUGUACAGAUAAUUGCGAGGAGUCUUGCUCAUGUGUUAGAGGAACUGUCAAUUACAUCAACGAUCGGUUAAAUUCUGAUAGAAAAACAGAUUUAAUUUUAGAAUGUAAUCCAGCAUGUGGUUGCCCCAAUACAUGCAAUAAUAGAUUAGUACAGAGGGGUCCACUGGACUGUCUGGAAAUAUUCCAAAGCCCUGGAAAAGGUUUUGGAUUGAGAACUAAUAAAUUGAUCUCGAUGAAUCAAUUUAUUUGUGAAUAUGCAGGCGAAGUGAUUGGCAUUGACGAAGCUAAGAGAAGAAUCGAGGAGAAUAGGAUCAAAAAAAUUAUGAAUUAUAUUCUUGUAGUGUCUGAGCACUUUGGCGACACGAAAAUUAUAACUUGCAUUGAUCCAAAAGUCUUUGGAAACAUUGGAAGAUAUUGCAAUCACAGCUGUCAACCAAGUGCCAAUCUCGUGCCUGUUAGGGUGGAAGGACUGGUUCCACGUUUGUGCUUAUUUGCAAAUAGAGAGAUUGAAGAAGGCGAGGAGGUUACAUUUAAUUAUGGGGAUGGGGUUAAGGGGAAUUUGAGUGAGACUGUCUGUUUGUGUGGAUACAGCGGCUGCAGUGGAUUUUUACCACAUCAUCCAAUUUGAAUUGAUUUAGAUAACAGUUGGAAUGGAAUGUUAUGAUCAUGUUAAGAAUUGAAUGUCUACUGAGUAAUGAAGAAGAGGGAAUAUAUGGGCAUGUCAUCAUGGAAUGGCAUACAUAGUUUGCUUCGCAUAAGCUUUGUUUAGAUUUUGAGUACCAAUACGUGAAAGGAAAUAAUCCACAAAUAAAUACCUCGAAGGAUAAAGUUUAUAGAGGAAAUGGGAAGUACUGUUUAUGGUUAAGUAACAGAUUUAAUUAUCAGUUGUUCACGAAUUUCAAAUUGUUUAUUAUCAAUAAAUAUUGGCUAAUAAUAACUGUCAA